AUGAAGUUAACCUUGAACAUCGUUUUGCUGCUGGGUUGUUGUAUAUGGCACUCGGGGUUUGUGGCGCUUCAAUCUACCCCUUUCCAGUCAACACCAUCCCAACAGCCGUUUUGUAAAGUUCAACUAGAGGCUAACACAGAAUCAUCAAACAUUCUGCCAGCCAUCCCAAAGAGUCACGCUUCACUUCUCUUGCUGUUGGGAUUCAUCGGCUUUUCCCUUCUUAUCGCCGGAGCUUACAAGGCAUCACAGAAGUACAUUUUCCACGAUGACGGAAACUUUGACACUACGUUCGACGCCGGAGGGCGCGUCGGCCUUAGUCUUACCGCCGUCACUGUGACAUCACAAUUGUUAUGGCCUUCAGAUUUCUUGCAGAGCUCAACAUUGACAAGCAAGAUUGGGAUCGGUGCUUGCCUGUGGUCAUCAAUAGGGAUCGUUGUCGGCAUGUUUAUGUUUCCUGUGUUCUCUCUGUAUCUUAAAUCUCGCGCCCCCGGGGCAAAAACGUACCCCCAGAUAGCAUACGCAAGAUUUGGAAAGUCAGCGCACAUUAUGUUCUGCCUUGUUGCGCUUUUCUCUAGUCUUAUUGUGACCACAAAUAUGCUUAUGGCCGGAAAAUCGACAUUAGAGGUUCUUGUAAAGGACACAAACAACGAGUUUAUAUUCCUGGUGUUAGCAGUACUAUUUGGAUCAUACUGCAUGAUCGGUGGUCUCAGAACCACGUUUUAUAUAUCGUACAUCAACACUGCACUGACCUUUAUAUCAUUGUCCGUGUAUGUCCUGUACUCAGUUUAUUAUCCGCCAGAAGAAAAGAAGGCACACACAUCAUUUCAGGCGUUUUACAACGCUGCAGUUUGUGUCGAAGGUCCAGACGGUAACUCUGGUAAUUCGUUAGCGACGUUCCAGUCAAAAUCAGGAAUUGUUCUCGGAGUAGUUUUGCUUUUUAUGACAACAUCAAUAGUUUUUACUGACCAAGCCAACUGGCAGAGCCGAAUUGCAGCAAAACCAUCCCAAGGCGUUGUAGGCUUCUUUCUUGCCGCGUACACCUGGUUUUUGGUCGAAACUGUCCUCGCCAUUACGACAUCUAUGACCUACCUCUCACUGAGCAUGACGAAUUCAACACAUAUGUUAUCUGCAAUAGAGAUUGACAAUGGUUACAUCACACCGUACGUAAUGCAGUUUAUAAUGGGGGACGCUGGUGCAUAUCUCUUACUUACGAUGCUGAUGAUGACGCUAAUGGCUACUGGAUCUGGCGAAGUGAUGGGAAUAUCAUCCAUUCUUAUCUACGAUGUCUACAAGACAUACGUCAAUCCAUUCAGGAAUCUUAAAACUCCUACAAGCUGUAUCUUAUGUGGCAAAGAGAGACGCCUCACUGAAAAUCAAACAGAUGAUGCAGAAACAACGUGCACAUGCACAUCAGUUAUUGGAUGCAAAGAUUGCGACGAAGAUAUAGAAUUACGUGAUAAACAUGGAACGGAAAAAGUCACCUAUACAUGUUUGACGCAUGGCGAAUACAGAAAGUAUGAGGAUGGACUGAUGAGAUACAAGUCCUGGUGCAUGCUGUGUGUUACCAUUCUCAUUGUGCCGUACGGUCUACUCAUAUCCGAAACGAAUUUGAAUGUCAACUGGGCCUUUCUGUGUCUACAAGGGUUAACAUGUCCGUUCUUGGUACCACUGCUUGCUACCAUAUCCUGGUCAAAAACAACGGCCAAAGGUGCCAUAGCUGGUUGCGUUUCUGGAUUGACGGCAUCUCUUACUGGACUGAUGAUCAUGGCGUCUACCUACGAAAAUGGGCUUGCCAAUUUUUACGUGAACACCGCACAAGACUUCAGCCUUUUGACUGCUACGAUUUCCGGUAUAGUCGUAAGCACCAUUGCAACUAUAGGUGUCUCACUCUGUACCAUAACGUCAAAUUGGACAGACGAAAAAAGCGAAAUGGAAUGGGCAAAAACAAUCAAUAUUGACAACCCUCUAAGUCCGUUUCGUUUGGUCUACGAGGAGGAGUUAGCUGAAAUUGAGGUCGGGUCUAUUAUAACCUCCACGAUAAUGGAUAUGGUAUUCCGGAAAGCUCGUUUGGUUGCAAUAGUAGGCGGGGCGUUGAGUCUUAUCUUUUUCCUUGUGAUAUUACCCGCAGUUGCGCUAAAUUUUGAUAUCCUCACUUUUGAACAGUUUUCGUCAUGGCUCAAGACGUUCCAGAUAUAUUGCUUCGUGUGCACCUUUGCAGUGGUUGUUGUUCCUCCAUUUGAAGAAGGUUAUCAGAUGUGGACAAGGUAUCAACAAAUUAAGGCCAUCAGACGCAAGAAAACACUGGAAACGAAAUCGAACAUAUCAUAUCAAGAAGAAGAAGAAUAGUGUUGAAUAUUUUACAUAUUUUCAUUAAAACAGAAAAAGUAACAGCCCUGAAAUCAGGCGGUGGGUACAUUUUACCGAAAUGGGAUGUUUUUGCAGAUUUUUAUCGAUAUGGGUCUUCAUGUUAAAACGAUGUUGAUAACAAUACAUAACACUCAGGCAGUUUCUUCCUGUGUU